AUGUCAUCAGAUUCUGCAGAUCCUUUCUACUGGAUGGGAGUUAUUCUUGCAUCCAACAGAGGAACUUUAAUGCAAUUGGGUAUCUCCCCAAUUGUAACAUCUGGUUUGAUUUUGCAGUUGUUAGCUGGAGCCAAAAUCAUUGCAGUUGGAGAUACACCCAAAGACCUUAAUAUGCAGCUGGGUGACAUCAUGCAGAAUGUGCAGUAGAUAAUAAUAAAUCACUAUACUAUGGAUGAGAAUGUGCACUCUGGAAGGAAAAUAUCCCUUACAGAACAUAAGAAAUAGAGAGCAAGUUUGCUGGAGAAAAUAGUUACUUGUGCCAAGACUGCUGAAAUUAAAGAAAAGACUCUUGUCUACAUUCUGGCCUGGUUGGAAGAAUGGAAUGUCAUUUUGUCUGAGAUGACUACAAUUGAUAUUGAUGAACACCACCACUGUAUAGCACAAAUGGAGAUGUUACCAGAAACGCUCAAAGCUAUCGAGAGCAAUGUCAAGCUACUGAGCAGAAUUAGUACAUUUGAAGAAACGAAGAAACAAAAGAAAAAAUGAGCAUCUAGAGGUUCUCUAUGGAAAUCUUGGAUAGAAAGUGUUAUACAGCGACCUGCAACAGCUCAUGCUUUAAGACCAGAUCAGAUGAUUAGUGAUCAAUUUGCAACAAAUACAAAGGUUUCAGAAAUCCAAGAUAUGCUACAGGAACUCAAAGAUACUGCAGUGUUCAAGAAAUUGGAAAACAAUGCUAUUAAAUAGAUGUCAUCAACAAUAGAAAACCUUUCGAAAGCUUUGAGUACACUAAAUGAUGAAGUGAAAGUUAUUAACCUCCAAAGUGCCAAUAUGUAUACAAAUGAGACAAGUGAAAGAGAAAAAGAGAUUUCCCUGAAGAUAAUACAAGAUCUCAGUAAAAAAAAUGAAAUGCUUCAGCAGAAACUUCAAGAAGCAGAAGAAAAAUAUAAACUCCUUGUUCGAUCCAAAGGCAUAGAACACCAAGCAUUGCCCACAUCAACACUGAGAGUGUUACCUGAGCCUUCUCCACAAUUAGCCAUUAGCCAAGCUGACACAUUAGACAGUGUAGAUAAUAUUUUGGCCAAAGAAUUUGAAAUUGUUGUAGAUGAGGCCCCCCAAAAAGGGACCAAAGCCUUGGGGAUCAAGUGGGACUCAUCUCCUUCAUAUACAGCCCAAGGUGAGACAAUUUCAGAUAUAACUGACCAGCAAUACCCUUUACCUGAAAAAAAACAGAAAAAGUCUUCUGAAGAGAUCACUGAAGAUAUCAUUAUAGAUAAGAUAUCAGCGAAGAAAGGUGGUGCCUUUCAGAAAGAUGGGACUGAUCAGUACCAAUCACAGGAAGGAAAGCGCACAAAAGGCCCAUAUGUGCAGGAGACCUCUGAAUCAAAUGUGAAUGAUGAUAAAGGUAAACAGAAAGUCACAGGGACCAAACUUGAUCACCACUUUGAAAUACAAGCACUGAAAAGAAAAGAAAUAAAAUCCUUUUCUGAAAGCAAAUCAAAGUCACUCACUGAAUCAAAAAGUCAACAUUUUCCUUCUGAUUUCCCUUCUGACACAAAGAGCCAAGGUGGCAAAAGUGGAACCAGUAGUAUAUGGGAAAGACUCAGGAAAGCCAAACUUCAAUAUUCACAUAGCAAAAGUCAAAUUUCUUCAGAGAAUAAAGAGGAACUCAUCAUUGAGUCAAUGGACGAAGAAGGCAGAAGUGAGAUGAGUAGCCAAGCGGAGCCAUCCAGGUUGAGCCAACUUGAUUAUUCCUCUGAGAAAAUGAAAAUAAAAGGAAAGAAACACCAAAUCUCUCCAGGAACCAUUAUAAGCAAAGAAGAAAAAACUGAAGAGAAGGAUAUGUCCGUCUUCGCCAUGAAAGUCAAGUCUCUUGAACUUGUUAAAUCACAGUCUAGGAUAACUAAAGAGACUUCAGGAAUUCCAGAUGGCAAAAGAGAACAGAGUAACCUAGAAGAAUUUCAGAAAGCCAUAGUGUCAUUCCUAAAAGAGAAAAUUGAUAACGUAGGAAAGCCUUUGGAUAAAAAGACUAGUUCAAAAGAAGAGUUAUUAUUAAAAAGAGCAGAAGUUGAAAAAUUAGGAAUCAUAAAGGCAAAAAUCGAGGAAUAUUUCCAAAAAGUGGCUGAAACUGUGACAAAAAUCUCGAGAAAAUACAAAGAUAUAAAAAAUGCAGGAUAAAUUGGAGAGAAACCUAUGAACUAAAAAAAGGUGGUCUCAUUUAUGCCAGAAUUGCAUUUUCAGAAGCAGAUUAGUGCAAAGUCAGAAAUUAGCACCUUACUUUCACAGGAGAGCCUUGGCCCACUAACUGACAAUUUAAUACAAAUGAUCUUGGCUGAAAUAGAAAGUGAAAGGGAUGUUCCUGUAGCCUCAACAGUAGGGAAAGACCAUAAGGAGAAGGAAAAACAAAGGCUAGAAGAAAGGAGCUAUGAGAUGAUAAAUAAGAAUUUGGAAAAGGAAGAGGCAUGGCUCCCAAUGAAGGAGGGAAAGCGAGGGCAACAGAAGCAGAAACAGUGGCAGGAAGAAGAGGUGUGGAAGGGACAGCAAAAACAGAGGAUGCAAAAGCAGAUUGAGCCAGAUGAGAAGCAAAAGAAAAGGUAAGAGGAGAAAGAAGGGCAUCAGAAGUCAAAGCAGCAGCAGCUGGAAGCAUGGAAGCAAAAAAUGAAAGAACAAGGAGUGCCCUUGGAGAAGGAGAAAGGACAGCAGAUGAUGCAGGUUCAGAAGGAAGUGAGGUAUCUGGAGCAAGAAAGCAGUUGGGAGAGAGAGGAGGAGAAGCAGAAGCCAAGGAGAAAGGUAGAGGACCAUGAAAGGCAGAAGCAGAAAACAGCAAAGGAGAUGAAAACUUUUGAACAACCAGAACAGGUGCUCAGUCACACUUCAGUGACAUUGUCUUCCAGGUGGCAGAGCACACCAAAAGACGCAUUGCAGUUACACCAAAGAAGAGAGUUCAAUGGGAAUCUUAAGAAAUUAGAGAAUCUGGCUGAUGGAAAGCACCACAUACCAAUCAUUCCUCCCAUCUCUACACAAUCUUCCUCACCAGGAGCCUUUUCUAUUUCUGGACAGUCUCCCACAAAGUCCAUUACUCUUACCCCUCAGCAGGCCCAGGCAAUGGAAAUUGACCUCACCCCUGAAGAGGCCAAGGCACUGGGAAUCAUCCCCACCUCCCAUCAGGCCCAUGCACUGAGAGUCACUCUUACCCCUCAGCAAGUCCAGGCUUUGGGGAUAACUCUCACCCAUGAGCAGGCCCAGACACUGGGGAUUCAUGUCACCCCUGAACAGGCCCAGGCACAGGUGGUCCCCCAUGUCACCGCUCAGCAGACCCAGGAACUGGGGAUCACUCUCACCCCUCAACAGGCCCAGGGACUGGGGAUCCAUGUCACCCCUCAGCAGGCCCAGGACUUGGGGGCCCCUUUCACUUUAGGACAGGCUCAAGCGUUGGGGGUUUCUCUCUCUCCAGAACAGUUUGAGGAAUUAGGAGUUCCUCCCACCUCAGAUAACAACUAUACCUUAGAAUCUCCCCACAUCCCAGAACAAAUCCAACCUUUGGGAGCCCCUUUCACCCCAGGACAGGCCCAGUCCAUGGGUAUUACUCUCAGGUCUGAGCAGGACCUAAAAUUAGGAGCUCUUAUUAAUGAGCAGUCCUUACCACACAGGGCUGGUCCUCCUUCAAGACAUACUCUGGAAGUUGGGAUCUUUUCCAUUACUGAUAAAUCUAUCACAACACGUGCUCCUCACAUUCCUAAGCAGUCCCCAGUAUCAUCUGCUCCUGUUGCUGAGAAGUCCCCUAUAUUUGAGGUCUCUUCUACUCCUUUGCAGAUAUCAAGGUCUCCUCUUACACAAGCCCCCUUUGUCCCUGGGAAAUCCUUGGGAAUGAGGAUUCCUUCAGAACCCAGGAAGCUCCUGGCACCACAGACUUUUCCUUCCUCUAGACAGACCCCAGUUUCUAAGGGUCAAUCCACCUCUGUUCGGUUCCCAGCUCCAGUCCCCAGCCCAAUAUCUGGGCCCUCUCCCACUCCAGGACAGCUCCUUAUAUCUGGAGUCCCAGCCACCUCUGCACAGAUUCCCAGUAUCUGGGCUCCUUUCUCUCAUGGGAAGUGCUUGGUUCCUGGGGCUUCUUCCACCCCUGAGGAACUCUUGGAAUCUGGACCCUUAACCCUCUCUGAGCAGCCUCAGGCAUGCCAGACCUCUGCCACCCAUGAGCAAUCUCCCUAUCUACAAGCCCCUUCUACCCUUAGGCAGCAUCUGUCACCAUGGACCCUUCUUGGGCAAGCCUGCCCACUAUGGAUCCCUCCCACCCCUGGGCAACACCCUACACUAUGGGCUCCCUCAACCCCUGGAAAGCCCCAGAAAAAUUUGUCCUCUCCUGUCCCUAAGAAAAGUAAGGAAAGAUUGUCAAUUAUUUCUUCUCUGAAACCUAAAUCAGCAUUGGUCCAUCCCAGUGCUCCAGGUUUCAAGGUACCUCAAGCCCCUUUCACCACUAAGAAGUUCCAAAUAUCAGAGGUCUCUGACACUUAUGAAGAAAUCCAGGACCCCCGAGAUCCUUUUGCUACGGAACAAUUUAGAACAUUUAAGUCCUAUCUCACUGAUUACAGGACACCAGUAUCCCAAACCCCUUACAUUGAUGAGGGGGCCCUUCCUACUCUCAUUAACCCUGUAAUAUCACCACCUUCUCUUACUACCAAAACAUCACAGAGCUCACCUUCUGAAUGGGACCAGAAAUCCCGAUUUCCCCCUAUAGAUAAGCCCUGGAUACUGACCUUACUUUCAGGUAUCCAGAAAACCAAGAUGAUGGUGCCCGCUUCCUAUCCCCAAGAGCUCAAAGAACAGAACUAUUUUGUUGAUGUGGAGGCUCAGCGGAAGAACCUGAUUCUCUUAAAUCAGGCGACAAAAGCUUCUAUACUCCCUUCACAACUACACACAACAGCUAGGAAUCUCAUAAUUGAGACACUUCAUACGGACAAAGUUCGGCUGGGAUACCUAUUCCACAAGUACAUUGCCUAUAGGCUGAUCCAGUGUGCAAGAAACAACAUAAUUAAAUGGUUACAAGCCAUCCAGAAUACUGGGAGAGGUUAUGAGACCCAGAACCUCUACAUAAUGCUGAGCAGAAUUGAUGACUAUCAAAAAAAGGUGAUGCAGAUCUGCACAGGGAAGCAGAAGUCGCUACAGCAGAAAUAGAAUCAGUGCCUGAGGAAAAUGACGUACUUAUUCAGCCAGCUUCAAGAGAUAUAUAAAUUGAAUCUAAAUCAACCUAUCCCUUUGAUCAUCAAAAAGAAGCAAAUAUCUGCCUCUACCAAAUUUGUUCAACAGCCAAUCCUAAAAGAAGAGGACAAAAAGUAUGACAUAUUCAAUAAGUUCAGACAAGAAGACCAAAUGGAAGCCAUCUGGAAUGCUGAUCUAUCCACUUCAAGUUACCCAAUAACAGAGAAGACAUCAAUGUAUUCACUCUGGGCCCGGCUGGGUGGGUACCCAGAUAUUCCUAUGCUGCUCCAGUUAGAGGUUCACUCUACGUUCAGAAGAUCUCUUACAUGCAUUCAACCAAAAACAAACGGCGAGACACGGGCCCUGGCAAAAGCAGCCACGCCCCUCACCACGCCGACGCCGCACCGCAGAGCAACGCGAGCAGCCGUGAGGAGGAGCACGCAGCCGGCGGCGCGCACGCUCUCCCCGAGGCCGCGCGGGAGACGGUCUGACGUGCGCGCCCCCGCGUCGGUGGGCGGGGUCUUGGGCGGGGCUCUGAGCCGGACCGGGGCGGGGCCGCAGGGAGCUGUAGGUGUUGCAGCUGGGUCGCGACAGGUGCGCAAGGCAAAGCGCCAGGGAGCCGUACCAGGGCUGGUAGCAGCGCAGAGAAAAGACCGCUGUUAG